UAGGCACUCUGGUCAGGUUUAAUCUAACCAGUGUGUAAGUUGUACAGGCUGCCGGUUAUAAAUACUGACAUUCUUACAGUUUUAUUUUUGGAACGCAGAACAAGAUAACAAGACUGAAGAGCUGUAGAUUGUCACUAUUGGUGGGAUGGAAGACUUUUGUAGACACUUGGGCAUCAAUGGGACCUUGACUCUGAUAUGUUGUAUCUUCUGUAUCUUCUUGCCAGAAGGUAAAGCAGCUUGGGAAACCAUUUCAGAGAAUGUUGGCAGCAGAGUAACCCUGCAAUGUAGCAACGAGUCAAUCAGCACGCUCAACCAGUUGACGUGGAAGAUGAAUGGAGUUACCAUGUUCACUUUCAACCCUCUGGGAAACUUCUACGUCAGUCCACAAGCUACCAACCUGACCUUGAAAAUGUCUGAAUCACAGAGUCAGCUGUAUGCGCUCAUCAUAGAGAACGCUCAGCUCUAUCACACGGGAAACUACACUUGUGAAGUUACUUCCAUGAAGGACGGAGUCUUGGAUCAGAACUGGAGGCUGAUAAUUAAAGAAAGCACAGAAAUCUGGGACAUUCUGAUGAUAGCUACUGUUUCUUCUGUGUGUCUCCUGAUCUUUUUAAUUGGUUUGGUCAUUCUAAUAAGAUGCAACAAACGGCAUACAAGAAAUAGCAGGCCGUCUACCUCAGCAGAAGCGCAGCAGCCAACAGAAGAUAUUUAUGAAAACUGCCUGGAAAUUGAACGAUAUAAUCGAAGGCAUAGUCAGCCUAACAAACCUUUACCUAUCCAACACCGUGUGUAGCACACAUUAUAGAAGAAAACUGGUACUUUUGUAAUGCCAUCAGCUGCUAUUUCAAAUAAUGUACUGUAUGCAAUCAAGAGCAAAAUCUUUUAAAGCUGUUACAGUAAAUUUAUUCAGUUUGUGAGGUGAAACUACUGAGGGAAAUGUGUGACUCUUUGUCUGUCGUUUGAGUUAUAUUUAUACAACAUGAUAUCAUAAAAGAUGUCAUUGGUGAACUGUAAAUAGUAAGAUCAAAUCCUAAAAAUAUUAUAGUGAGAAACUCAGUUUUUCCUUUGAAGCAAGCGUUUGGUGACAGUGGGGAAGAAAAAUUCCCCUUUAACAAGAAGUAACCUGAGACAAAACCGCUGUCUACUGCUCUAAUGCUGUGCAGGUAUUUUGAGAUUGGGUAACAAGGGCAGAACCUUAAAAUAAGAGCUUUGAGAUGAUAGAUGCUCUGCAGAGAUAGGUGAUAAUCCUCUGUAGGAGGUUUUUUGAUCCAUUCUUAAAGAUGCACAUCUGAACAUGCAUGAAAGUGCUGUACUUUGAAUCAUUUCUGGUCUUAUACUUCCAUAAGAAAACUCUAGUCUGGACCAAAAUUUGUACAAUAAUACCCACCCCUCCUCUAUCACUGAAAAAUGCAGAA